AUGUGCCACCUCCUCAACAUCUUGUUGGCUUUGAUGAGCCGCUUCCUGUUUGCAGUCCAUGGGGUGGUGACUGUGUGGCGAGUGGUGGCCGUUAAAGGGGAGCCACUGUAUUGGCUGCUGCUGACGGGCGUAGCUCUGCUGGGCGUGGAAAUGGCCAUCACUCUAAAAUGUACCCGCAAUGCUGAGUGGAAAUGGUUCUCCCCCAUGGUUUUCCUGUACCUCAGUACUGUCAUCCCAUCCAUUUGGUUUCUGGAGCUGAGCCUGUUACAUUCCAAGCUGCCCCUCAACAAUUCCUCCAGCCAGGAGCUCCAUUUGCUGGCUCACAUCCCGAUCACAGCGAGCAUUGCAGAGCUGGACCCAGAGAACUGGGUGGUUGGCCUGGAGCAGACCAUGCUCAUAGUGUUAGUUCUGGGUCGUUGGCUGAUGCCCAAAGGAGACAUGUCACGUGAUCAGCUCUCCCAGCUCCUCAUGGUGUAUGUUGGACUGGGUGCUGACAUCCUGGACAUUUUUGACACUUUUAAGGAACCUGAAGUUAAAACCAACAAGGUGGUUGUCAUCAUUGGCCUGUCACUCUUCUCUUGGGCACUCAUGCAAUUUCCCCUGGUUCUGACCCAGACGCAACCCCCAAACAGUGGCCGUCCUGAGAGGAGGAGUAGAGAUCGUCUCGACUGUUGUCCUGGAUCUCCACCCUCACUCACCUCCUGCUGCUCCAGCGAAGUAUGGAGCUUGUUGCUCACCGUGGGACUUCAAGACGGCCCAUUCCUGAUAUACCGUUUAUACCUAAUGGUACAAGAGCAGGUGCUCAACCAGCUCAUGAUUUUUUUCACCUGCAAGAACAUCCUCAUCGUCCUUUUGGAGCUUUACAGAAUCUUUGUUGUACAGUGUGAGCAACAGGUACACAAGCUGGUGUUGGAGAGGUGUAAUACUCUGGUGCUCCACAGACAAACCCAGGGGGACAGUGAAGAGGAAGAGGAGGGGGUGAAUGGGGAAGUGGGCAAAGAGGGACGUUGUACAGAGCAGAGCUGUCAUACAGACGUGGAGAAGUCGACCGAAGAUCAGAGAGAUGUCCAAGUAAAAAGAGGUUGUAAAUGUCGUGAGGCGUGACUUUGGCUCUCGGGGGGAGAGAAUAACUUUCACACACCACGAGGAGUCAAACCCAUCCACCAUCUCUUACAUCUCAGCCUUGUUCAGAGAUAGUCUCAGCUCUCUGGAGGCUUAGUGACUAGAAAUAGAGCACAUGAGAAAAGAAUGUCCCCACUGAAAAGAUCAGACAUGAAUUUCUGCAACUCCCUUUGAUAGAGCUUAGGUUUCUCUGCUAAAGAAGAUUAGCUCAACACGUUCAACAAGAACUUUCAGUCUCUUCAACAUAUGAAGGAAUUAACAUGGAUAAAUAAAUACGACUGAUCUGUGUUUUGAAGUUAAACCAAUUUGUUUUAAUUAUAAAGUGUAUGAACUGAUCAUGAUUUUAUAAUGUUGUCAUUUUAAAUUAGGGUGGUUUUGAUGACAUUUACUAUAAA